GGGAGAAAAACAACCCCAAGCAAAACAUCUAUGAUCAGCUGAACUUGCGUAUUUUAUCACCAUCAGCUAUUUAAAAGUAAGAAUGCCAAACCAAACCUUUGAUCACAUUUUGGUGAUAGAAGCGAGUGACAAAAGACCUGCCAGCAUGGUAAGCAACUUACUAUGUCUCUUUUAUGCUUUUAAAUAUUUGUUACAGUGGGUUUUAUUCUGAAUAAUCAAAGAAAAAUAUAUACUGUUUUUCUUGCAGAAAGUUAAAACAGCAUUAGUUUGUGCUUUUGUCAUCAUGAUGGUCUUUUUCGUAGUUGAAUCAUCCCACACCCCAAAGGUAAAGGUUUUAGCUAAAAUAUCCUCCAAACUCUGCAGCAGUAUAUGAGAAGUUUCCAGUGAAUUGUGGCUACUUUCUCUUUUCAGGGUAAUCCAAUAGCAAGAAACUGGGGUCCACAAUCAAUGCUGUAUCUCAAGGGAAGAUGUAAGUUUGGUGUCUCAUUUUCAAAAAAAUGAAAAUAAAAAUGCUUGGUUCAGUUAAAAAACCAUUUAAUGGCUGUUUUUAAUACUACAUUGAAUUUCAAAAUGUUUGUUACAGGGUGAAAUCUCAAAUAAAAAAAAGCUUAGUUGGGCAUUAAUUUGAAAUACUUAGGAGGAAAACUGCCUACCACAACCACCACAAAGCUAAUGAUUUAUUCCAGUUAAAAGGCUCUAAGUAGCUUCCUGAUUGAUUUUUUUAAAAAGCAACAAUAAACUGGUUCCCAGUGGGGCUAUGUAAAAUUAGCACUUGCUUAAAUGUAAUGAAUUAAUAUGGAGACAUACAAGCAACCUGAAAACUAAUUUUGUAAAAUUGUUUAGCUAUAGUUAUGUAACAAGGACGUUGCAAACAAUCUGAAAACUGAACUUGCUAAUAGAAGGAUGUCAUAGAGGAGGUAUGAGCUUUUCGAGAUGAAGAUGUUACCCUGAAGUAGCAACUACAUUUCCACAAUCUCCUUAAUAUGUAUUUGCAGGAUCUGUGCAUAACAUUAUACUUUAUACUUUGAGGACUUUCUGUGGAGUACUGUGGAAGCAAUGUGGCUCAGGGAGAAAGACGUGGCUAAAUGUAAUGUGAUCAUUUUACUCCGGCCAUUUUUCUCAGAGCUAUCCUUUCCUAAGAAUUCUCUGAGUAGCAUGAUUUGCUUGUGUGUUGUUUUUCUUCAGCUGUUUCACAGAGGCAUUCCACUAUAUAUUGCCCAUAGUAAAACUAAUCAAAACUUAAAAUGGGUCUUCACCUUCCCCCAUUUUUGAGGGUCCGGUGUAUUCCAGCUCAUUCUCCCUUUAACUUGCAUGGGAAGGGGGAGAAAGUAAUGGUGCCCCACCAAAAGAUUAAUGUGGAGAAUCUCUCCCCACCACCCACCCACAGCAAUGACCCUGUUACCCCAAAUGUCCUUCCCAUCAGCUGUUUUUGCCUUUUUGCUUAGUGAGGACCUGAUUUGGGUUUGGUUAAAGGGCUUUCAAAUUGAGGACAAAUGUGGAGGUUAAAAAUAAAUAUGCAGAAUCAAAGUAACUACCACUGGAAAUAGUAAUAAUAGCAGGCGCUGGUUCACUUCAAUAUCCACAGGGCAAGAACACAAUGAGGAAGAAUAUUUGGCAGAUCACUUGUGGGUCCGGGGCGUGGCCCCAACACUACCCAACAAUGCGUGUGAGCGGGCUUGUAAAAAUAAUCUGAGAAAUCUCAGAAUAAAGGGGUGAAAGGGGCAGUAUUAGAACAGGAUGUGGCAUGAGAAGACAUCUGAAGGCAGCCCUGUAUGUAUCGGGAAGUUUUUUAUGUUGACAUUUUACUGUUUUUAUAUGUGCUGUAAGCUGCCUAAAGUGGCUGGGGAAACCCUGCCAGAUCGGCGGGGUAUUAAUAAUAAUAAUAAUAAUAAUAAUAAUAAUAAUGUGUCAUGUCAAUCACAAGUUAGCAAAGAGGAUCAAUACCAGGAAAAUUAAACAGGAGAAGGCUGUUACCUUCUCUGUCCUGCUUGCAAAUGACCAGAGGUAUCAAGUUUCACUGCAGGUAGGAAAAGAAUGGUCAGCUGCCUAGACCUUGAUUGGAUCCAGCUCAGCAUCAAGUAUCUACUAUAAUGAUACAGAGCAGCACCUCUUUGGCUGAAGUGGAAGAGAGAAACUCAGCACAAACUGGUCCAGGAUCAUGUUCAUAGCCAGAGGGUUGCAGGGGGGCACUGCCCCCCAUAAAGUAAAUAAAUAAAAAUACUUAACUGAUUACAUCACAGAUAACUCGGUUCUGCCCCCCUAACAUAAAGCCUACCCCCCCCCAAUUAAAUUCUGGCUAUGCCUAUGUCCAGGAUCAAGGAAACCUGGAGCUGUCUGAAAUCCUAUGGCUUUCUUUUGCCCCUUUUUAUUUUGUUCAGAGCGGCUGGAUGAUCACCAUAAAAGCUAAGCCAAAAAAACUACAGUCAUAAUUGUGUGUGUACCUGGAACAGUGAAUACAGUAUACUAAUAUUGCAGACUGUUGUAAAAUCUUCAGAUCCCCGCAAGCAAUGCAGCCUGAGCAGUUAUAUAGAUCAAUGCUUGUAUGGAUUUCUGAGACUCCUUAAGUCUUUUAUGGUGGAUGAAUUGGCAAGAAUUCCAGCUGUUUUGAUCUCACUUUCCCUCAUUCAACUUUAAUUGCUCUGUUUGUAUUUGUAGAAGGGCUUUUACAUUCAAGGUUAUUAAAACAUUUGAGCAGGCUGGAAAAUACUUUCCAGUUCAUCUGUUUUUGGUCAUUUCCGCCAUCUAUUCAAGCCCAAGUAUUUUGUAAACUAUGAGAAAACCUGUGAGAAAACCUAUUUAUCAGAUGGCUGGUCAGAUGUGAACAUGUGCAUUCAACCCCAAAGAUCAUAAGCAGCCAUAUAUAGAACUCAAGGUAAUUUGACUUGCUUUUUUCUUUUACAGAUGGUAGAAGAUAUGCUUCGUCUGAUAGUGAAGAACAGUAUUACAAGCUGGACUUGGAUGAUUUGAAUGCAGUUAUGAAAAGUAUUUAUUUGUAAUUACAUUCAUCCUUUGUGCAUGUUUUUAUGAAUCCUCUUUGCAAACCCAAACUUUUUGUUGUUCGUUUUUUAAAGAAAUGGUACAUAAUUUAUGCAGGUGUAACGGUUCAACUACUUCAUUAUAAAUUAAACUAGAGAACUCCAAAUCUGGAGUUAACUUUAGGAACACGAGGAGUAGAGGAAGCUGCCUUAGACUGAGUUGGUCUAUGGCAUGCAGCUCAGUACUGUCUAUACUGAGUGGCAGUGCCUCUCCAGGGUUUCAGAAAAGGCUCCAGACAUACCUGGAUAUGCCAGGGUUUUAAACUGGUACCUUCUGCAUGUGCUCCAUCUUCUCAGCUUUAUGUUCUAUAAAGAGGUAAGAACUCAUUUCCAAGCCCUUUCACAUGAAAUGAAUGGGUAACAUGUUUCAGAGCACAGUAUCUAUAUAGCCUGUUACUGACCUUCAUAGUAAACUGCAUGAUUGCAUGUUAAAGCUGUCAUGUGAUAUGUACACCCAUACAAUCUGCUAAGCAUUUCUUAAGCAGAUUCAAUCAUUUUAGUACAUGAAAGCACUUUUUCUUUUAAAUCAGAUGCACUACUCACGUGCAUUGGAUUAAGGCUAUUUUAAAAAUUGUAUCCUUAAAAGAAAAAAAGUGCUCAGUACUUUGCAAAAUCAAAACCAUUAGUCAUUUUCACUUGCUGUGAAUUUUGAAUGGAUUUUAAAUGAAGUCUGCCUGUAAGAAUUAUACAAUUAUAGAUUUGGAAAGGAUCUCAUGGGUCAUCAAGUCUAGCACUCAGGCAGUUGUAGGGAUUUGGCUACUUUUGUUCAAAGGCACCCUCUCUACUGAUAAGCACUCCAGGAGAACAGCUGUCUGCAAAGGCAUUUGUUCCUUCUUUCUGUCUCAAGGACUGAACCCAUCCUGAGUCAGGCCUUCCAGUGUUCUGGGGAAAUAAAUGAAGAGGGCAGACUUCAUUCUCUAGCAUGCAGUCUCUGUAAAGACCUUUGUAAGGAGGUUGGGGGAGUGAAUCAGGAGGAGCAUGGGUUAAUCUAAAUGGAAAACCUAUCUAAACAAGAGGGUCUUUACCAAACUAUGAAAGGCUGUGAGGGUUGGAAGUUUCAAAAUCUGGAUGCAAAUCGAGACUGUCACAUUUAUAAAAAUUUACCCCUCUUUCCAUUCUCUUUCUUUCCCCUCCUCUCUCCUUCUUUUCCCAUUUUACCCCAUGAAGGCUGGCAUUAGAAUUUGAAUUUGCAAAGGUAGUCUUUAUGUAAAAUAAAUGAAUGAAAGUAGCUUGUAUCAAUAAACUCUUAAUCUCACAAGAGCAAUCCCCUCUCCUGCCCCAGUAUAUAGGAAAAGUAGGGACAUGUGAAUGUUCAGAUUGGGAUUUUGAGGCAUAUGCAGGGAAAUGCCAGGGAGCCAGUGCAAUUUUGAAGUGAGAAUGGUGAGAAUUCACAGUGAAAAAUAUAACAUUUUGAAUAUGUCUCCCUUUUUUUCAUAGGUUACAAACAUUCAGCACCACAGAAAUUCCUGAACAUCAGAAGAAAAUGAACAGCUCAAAAUAUGGACAUUGACCACUUGGACUAAUGUUCUAUUUUACUUGCCCUUUGAAUUCCAAACACUGCAAACAAUUUUUAAAGUGUUCCAUUAACGUAUUUAUGAAUAAUCUUUACACUGUGUGAAAAACUCUAUUGGAUGUGAUUAUUUUGCCAUUCUUUAAAUGAGUGUUAUUUCAACCUAUUCAGCUUACAUUUGAAACUUUUGCAUGUAAUAAGAAUUCCUGGUAGUAACAGAUCACACAAAAGCAAU